ACCACUCAGAACCGAUUACAGCAAGGCGGGGCAUGUGGAUAAUACCACUGAGGCUUAGGGUGCAGCACGGCACACGUACUAUAUAUAUAUAGACACAGGAUCACUGGGCGUCAGGGGAUAGGAAAGAGAGUCCGGCCGGAGAAGAUGAGCAGGGUGUGCGUCACCGGAGCGGCAGGGUACAUCGCGUCCUGGCUCGUCAAGAAGCUGCUCGACAGAGGCUGCACCGUCCAUGGGACCGUACGAGACCUCGGGGAUGAGAAGAAGACGGGGCUGCUGAGGUCGCUCCCCGGCGCGGCGGAGCGGCUGGUGCUCUUCGAGGCGGACAUCUACGACGCCGCCUCCUUUGAGCCGGCGAUCCAGGGCUGCGAGUUCGUCUUCCUCGUCGCCACCCCGCUGCAGCACAACUCCGGCAGCUCCAAGUACAAGGACACCACGGAAGCGGUCGUGGACGCGACGCGCACCAUCCUGCAACAGUGCGAGCGGUCCAAGACAGUGAGACGUGUCAUCCAUACAGGUUCCGUUGUUACGGCCUCGCCGCUCCGUGAGAACGGCGACGGGUACAAGGAGUCCGUGAACGAAUCCUGCUGGACCCCGCUAGGCCUGUCCUACAGCCACAGCAACGAUGGCUUCUUGGAUGCUUAUGUCUCCUCCAAGACCGUAUCUGAGGAGGAGUUACUCAAGUACAAUGACGACUUCUCCAAAGCCAGAGCAUUCGACGUUGUUGUCCUGUUAUGCGGCCUCGUAGGAGGAGACAUUCUACUGCCGCACAUCAGUGGAAGCAUCCAUGUCAUGUUGUCACCACUCACUGGCGUCAAGCUCCACCACAAGUCCCUCAAGUCCCUACAGACCCUUCUUGGCUCUAUACCACUAGUGCACAUUGACGACAUCUGUGAGGCGCAUAUCUUUUGCAUGGAGAGGUCGCUUGAUGUUGCUGGUGGCCGAUACCUUUGCACCACCGCACACACCAACAUGCAGGACGUUUUGGAGCACUACGCUGGCAAACACCCUGAACUCGAGAUAGUGGACAAAGAGGUGGUGGGAGAGGGAGUGAGGGUGCAUGUUAACACAAACAAGCUCGUGGAACUGGGGUUUAAGUAUAAGUAUGGAGCAAAGGAGGUGCUUGAUGGCAGCGUGGAUUGCGGUGAGAGGUUGGGGGUGCUAUGAUGUGCAUGCACAUAACAUUGAUCAACAUUUUACAGUCCAAUUAUACGUGUAUACAUUAUUUGUUUGAAUUCUUGUGUAUUUUUCUUCAAACAUGUUGAGGUUACUAUUCCUAUUUAUUAUUAAUUUUGGGUUAUGUCA